AGCUAGCUUAGUACAUUCCUGAAACAGAGAAGAGAGCAAAGAAAAGAGCUAGACAAGGGUUCACAGUUCUUGCUUCUCAGAGUAAUUGACAAUGGAGAAGGAGGAAGAUGUUAAGGUUGGAGCAAACAAAUUCUCAGAAAGACAACCAUUAGGGACAGCAGCACAGAGUGACAACAAGGAUUACAAGGAGCCACCCCCAGCUCCAUUUUUUGAGCCAGGGGAGCUCAAGUCAUGGUCUUUUUACAGAGCUGGCAUUGCUGAGUUCAUAGCCACCUUCUUGUUCCUCUACAUUACCAUCUUAACUGUCAUGGGUGUCAACAGGUCACCCAACAAGUGUUCCUCUGUUGGCAUUCAGGGCAUUGCUUGGUCUUUUGGUGGCAUGAUCUUUGCCCUUGUCUACUGCACUGCUGGAAUUUCAGGUGGACACAUAAACCCAGCUGUGACCUUUGGUCUCUUUCUGGCUAGGAAGCUCUCCCUCACAAGAGCACUGUUCUACAUUGUGAUGCAAUGCCUUGGAGCUAUCUGUGGUGCUGGUGUGGUGAAGGGGUUUGAGGGUAAUGCUAGGUAUGAGUUGUUCAAAGGUGGAGCUAAUUUUGUGAAUCCUGGAUAUACCAAGGGUGAUGGACUUGGAGCUGAGAUUGUUGGCACCUUUGUUCUUGUCUACACCGUUUUCUCUGCCACUGAUGCCAAGAGAAACGCUAGAGACUCUCAUGUUCCUAUUUUGGCUCCCCUUCCCAUUGGGUUUGCUGUGUUCUUGGUCCACUUGGCCACCAUUCCCAUCACAGGAACUGGAAUUAACCCAGCUAGGAGUCUUGGAGCUGCUUUAAUCUUCAACAGGGACUUGGCAUGGGAUGGCCAUUGGAUUUUCUGGGUUGGACCUUUCAUUGGAGCUGCCCUUGCUGCUGUGUAUCACCAGAUAGUAAUCCGAGCCAUUCCUUUCAAGACAAGGGCUUGAGCCUCUUUAGUUCUGAUGAUUGUGUAUCUUGAAUUCCUAUAGUGUCUGUCUUAUUUCAUUUGGACAUUCAUGUGAAUCUAUUUUGUUAAUCCAUCUAUGGGUGUAAAUUAUGACAUAGUUACUUCCUUGAUUGUGACACUUUGAAUGGAUAUAGUUGUAAUGUGCUUUGAUA